AAGUAGCUUUUACACUGUUCAUGUGGAACAAAUACAUUCAUCAACAACAGUGAUGACCGCCCAAUACAUGAUAUCAACUUCAGCACUGUGAGUGUUAUCUCUGCUAUAAACUGAUAACGCAUUUUGAAACAUUUCAUUGACCUAACCCAAAGUAAACCAGUCACCAUGUUGUAUUCAAUCAGUCAGUGUUUAUUUGCUAUAGUGUUCUUGCUCCCAGCAGCUACCUAUUGCGACAAUAUACUAUUUUUGCAGACAACUCCUUCUCGAAGUCAUCACAUCUGGAACAAACAAAUUUUCAACCACUUGUACGACAAUGGGCACAACUUAACCAUCUUAACUUUCGAACAGGAGCAAUCUAUUCCUGGAAAGUCCUUCUUAUACGUACCGAAAUUCUAUGCCAGAAUUAUGAUGGACUUUGCUGCAGAGGACAAUUCCGAAUCGGAGAUGGGUCCCGUUGGGAACAUCAUCAACAUGUACAGUUUCUAUGAAAAGGCAAGUCGCAUCUUGAUGAAAGAACCCGCCAUUCAACAUCUACUUCACUACCCAACAAACUUCAAAUUUGAUCUCAUAAUUCACGAUUUCACCAUGGGUCAAUUUUUGCUAGGCUUUAUCGAACGAUUUGGAAAUCCUCCGCUAGUUUCUAUAUCAGCGUUCAAUUCUCCAUCAUACACAAUGUAUCUGGCAGAUAUACCCGUACGCUUCACGACUAUGCCAAACUAUGCAAGCGAAUUUCAUCAACAAAUGAGCUUUAUGGAAAGAUGCUGGAAUCACUUCUACUGGUACUUGGAAUACUACCACCGGCAAUUUCGAUUCAUGUCCAAUGAAGAUCGCAGAGCUCAAGAAUUAUUCGGUCAAAAUUCAACCAGCGUGAAGGAGUUAGAAAAGAGAUCCAGCAUUAUUCUAGUCAACAGUGAUUUCAGCAUGGAUUACCACCAGGCUCUUCCACCUAAUGUAAUCCCAGUUGGUGGGCUUCACAUUUCGCGACCCGAAAAUAUUCCACAAAACAUGGCAGAAUUCAUGGACUUCCCUAGCAAAGGCGUAAUACUACUAAGUCUUGGUUCAAACGUGCAAUGUGAAGGCUUAGGAAAAGACAUAAAUCAAGCAAUUCUGAAAACAUUUUCUAAUCUACCUGAGUACAAUUUCAUUUGGAAGCAUGGAGAUCCGGAAAGCUUGGGACCAGUUCCACCGAACGUACUGAUUCAAAGAUGGAUUCCGCAACGGGCAAUUCUAUCAGACCCAAGAACAAAACUGCUCAUAGGCCAUGGCGGACUGUUGGGACUGCAGGAAGCAACCUGGUACGGUGUUCCAGUGAUUGGCAUUCCAUUUUUCGCCGAUCAGCUGCAAAAUGUUGAUAAGCUGGUGAGAGGCGGAGUUGGAGUUCGGCUGUUUUUGAAUGAAUUGAAUGAGAUGUCCCUGAAGCAAGCGUUGCAAGAAGUCAUGACUAAUAAGAGCUACCUACGGAACAUGAUAGCUCGAUCUAAACUAUUUCGUAAGCAACCGCAAUCACCGCUGGACCGCGCAAUUUUCUGGAUUGAAAAAGUUCUCGAAAACAAAGGAUUGCCUUACUUGGCGUCGCCGGCCCAUGAUAUGCCAUUCUACCAGCUGUAUGGCAUAGACCUGAUUUGCGUGACACUUCUUAUCGUAGUAUUUUUGAAUCUUCUUUGUAAGGUGCUGUUAUCUUUGGUCAAUAAACAGUCUUAAUUGUUUUCAAGCAGUGCAUUUCAACAACUUAGUUUAUUCUCUCGAAAGAUACCGCUGUAUGCCACUAAUUCACAUGCUGCUAUCCCUAUCUUUGGUACACAUAGAUCAACACAGAUAUACUAAGCAGGUAUUCAUAUCAGAUAUGAGCCCCCUCCAGUGAUGCCACUGAUGCAGCGUAUGACGGUGGAGGUUCAUCCAGAAGUAGAUAUUUGUCCAA